UUUCUGAAUUUAAGUGUGUAAGUAGCAUUUUUAAAAUGAAUAAAUAAAAUCGGCUCAUAAAAUAUACUAUAAUGCACAAUCAACCAAUUAACGUUUGAGCAGUGCUGUAUUUACUAAAAAUUAGCUCAAUCGAUUAAACAUCAAACAUUUUUAUUUUGGAUACAGGACCGUUCAUAUGUCGCCCUUUUCACAGAUUGCUCCAGCAUUUUGAAAGCUAACAACAAACGUUUCCUUCCAUCACUCGGCGGUGCAAAAAGUCGCGUCUUUAAAUACAAAUCUGGUAAAUUUAAACGAAAAUCAUGGUGAAAACACGAAAAACCGCUCAGCGCAAGCGUGAACAAAAAGCAGCGAAUGCUGCAAACAUGGAUUUCCUGGAAAAACAAGCAGCAGAGCCCCAACCAGGUCCAGCGAAUAAAAAACAACGACCUGAGGAGCUGGAGCAAAUGCUUAUCAAAUGGCAGCCAAUGGACUUGAGCUUUGAAACAUCUGCCAUGAAAUCACCCAUUCCGGAGCAGGAAGGGCCUACAGCAGAACAGGAUGAAGAUGAAAGUAGCGAUGACGAGUUCGAUCCGCUGGAUGUCAAGCAGAUGCAUGUGGAUGACGAUACACUGCAGGAGACGGAAACGGUCGGAGUCGUCGGAGCGCUGAAUAGCGUACCUCAAAACGUCAGCGAAACACACGAAGGAAUUUCUAAAACCCUCCGAAACAUGCACGAACAGUGCGAGACCAGGAUCGCAACGCUGGAAAAACGGAAUUCUUAUCUGACCGCCGAAAACACCCGAUUGAUGGACACCAACAAGAAGUUGACCGAUCAAAACUGGAAGCUGCAGUGUAAGCUGGUGCAGGAUAACAACAAGAAAACCUUCUUCACAGUGGACACUGUAGACAAGACAGGAUAUCCGACUCCAGAAUGGUUGUUGAAGGCUUCACAGGUUGCGAAGGAUAGUGACUACCUUUUUAUCAAAGAGUUGAUGAUGUAUUUGUGGCCAAAAGGAGUCGGUCGAGGCACAACAUCAGGUCGCGUAUCGAACAAUCCGGGUGGCAAAAAGAAACAGGAUGGCAACACAGCAACGGAACCCACGGUUGGACCCUCAUCCGUCUCAGCGACUACACCUACAGCAAAUGCAAACGAUACAUCAGCCAAACUGGAUCCCAGUAAAGUUAAAUUCAUCAAAGACUGCUUGUUGCAACGACGAGAGAUUCUGGGGGAUGAAUACGGCCUUGCAAAUGAAUUGGCGAAGAAAGCCACACAGCACAUCAACCGCGUGCUGGCUAAUAAUCCGUUAAUGAAGUCCAUUAGCGGCUGAUCUCUUUUAUUCUUGCUAAUAAUAAUUUGAAUACAUCUACAUCGUAGAUUCUGAAUAAUGUCAAAUGGAUUAAUUUGUUUUUUUUUAAGCAAGAGCAGCAGUGGACGUUUUUAACUAAUGAAUGAAUAAAAUGUUAUGAUUUUAAUGUUCAAAUCGUUUGUUAAUUAUUCAAAUUGGAAGAAUUUUUAUAGGGGUAGAAAUGAAAUUAUAACAAAACUGAUUAAUAACAAGUUCAGGUAUCGAAAACUUUUUUCGCGAAUACUUGAAUGAGUUAUUGAAUGAUUAUUGAAUAACAAACUAAGAACUAACUUUGGUAUUGGUGAUCUGUACCAAAGAUAUUAUUUUUUUGGUAUUGCAAUACCUUGUUUCAUUAUCAACAAGGUAUUCGCAGGACAUAUUUUAGUUAUUAUUUUACACUCUGAAGAAUUUUCACGUCCGAUUUACGUGAAAAGAUAGGUAGUUUUCAUCCACCAUAUUUUUCACGUAGCCUUCACCGGAAUUUCAGGUAGCUGGAAAAUUUGUGUUUCGAUAAUCGACGUGAUGAGUCAGGUAAAUUUGACAUGCAUUUUACGUAUCGUUUACGUGAAAUGUGGGUGAGUGCCACUGGAAUUUCAGGUAACUUUUACGUGAAAACAUGAUUAGUUCUACAUGAAUUUCACGUAAUUUAUACAUGAUUUUGGAAUAAAAACUAAAGCAGCC